GUCUUCUCACAGCCAAGAUAUCUGAUUUUCUUCUUCUUCCAGUUGCCCAUGCUGGACUCAGCUCGGUUCGAUGUCAUUGGUCCCACUAAACCCAUUCAGGUCAUGGUUGGGGAAGAUGUUGACUUACCAUGUCACCUCUCACCCAAUAUAAGUGCUGAGAAUAUGGAGCUGAGGUGGUAUAGAAAUAAGAUCUCUCCAGCUGUGUAUGUGUAUCAGAAAGAAAAGGAUCAAGAAAGAGAGCAAAUUAAGGAGUAUCAAGGGAGAACAACAUUUGUUCGAGACAAUAUCACUGAGGGGAACGUGGCUGUGACAAUCCACAACGUCAGAGUUUCUGAUGAUGGACAAUAUCGCUGCUUUUUCAAAGAUGAUCAAAUAUAUGAAGAAGCUAUCAUAGAGCUGAAGGUGGCAAGUUUGGGCUCUGAUCCUCACAUUCAUAUGGAAGCUUAUGGAGAUGAAGGCAUCCUCCUGGAGUGCACAUCAGCUGGAUGGUACCCAGUGCCCCAGGUGCUAUGGAGAAAUCUAAAGGGAGAGAUGUUACCGCUUUUAUCAGUAUCCCAGACACCUAAUGGAGAUGGCCUUAUUACUGUAAAAGCCUCUGUGGUUAUCAGAGACCAUUCUGUGGGGAGUGUAUCCUGUUCCAUUCGAAACCCCCUCCUCAAUCUGGAGAAGGUAGUAAGGAUUUCCAUACCAGGUCGCUUUUUCUCAAGGUUAUCUCCUUGGAUGAUGUCUGUGGCUGUGAUUCUCACUGCUCUUGGACUUCUCACUAUUGGGGCCAUAUUCUUCAUCUGGAAACUACAAAGAAACAACAGAGAAAAAGAGAAUAAAUCCGUCAACAAAGAGAAAUUCCAGGAAGAGCUAAGAUGGGAAAAGGCUCAGUUACAUGCAGUUGAUAUAACUCUGGAUCCAGACACGGCUCAUCCUUACCUCUUGCUGUAUGAGGGUUUGAAAUCCUUCAGGUUGGAAGAUACACCACAGAAGCUGCCUGACAAGCCAGAGAGAUUUGAUUCCUGGCCUUGUGUACUAGGCAGAGAAGGCUUCACCUCAGGGAAACACUACUGGGAAGUAGAAGUGGGAGAUAGGACUGAUUGGGCUAUAGGAGUUUGUAAGGAAAAUGUGGUAAAGAAAGGAUUUGACCCCAUGACCCCUGAGAAUGGGUUUUGGGCUGUGGAGUUGUAUGGAAAUGGAUAUUGGGCUCUUACUCCACUCCGGACUCCACUUCCUCUAAAAGGGCCACCUUGCUAUAUAGGGGUGUUUUUGGACUACGAAUCUGGACACAUCUCUUUCUACGACAUUACUAAUGCAUCACACAUCUACACUUUCCCCCAAGCCUCCUUUUCUGGGACUCUCCGACCUUUCUUCUGCCUCUGGUCUUGUGGUAAAAAGCCUCUUACCAUCUGUCCAAUAUUCAGUGGGCCCGAUGAAGUCACUGUCAUUGCUAAUGCUCCUGUCCUUUCUAAGGAGAGUCUAGUGACCCCCACAAGUGAAGGAGCAACUCCUGGGGAUGCAGAUACUCUCCAAAGGUCCAAUUCUAAAUUAUUCCCAAUCCAAUCCAAUAAUGGGGCCCCAGAUCAUUAG